AUGGCUCCCAAAGAGAACCCCACUGUCGCUUUGAACAACUACUUACAGGGCAAAGGUCGCCUAACCGCGCUGACCUGGGAGCACAAGUCUGAGGGGCCUCGCCACGACCCUGUAUGGACUUCCCACUGCAAAGUGGACGGCGUAGAGGUGUCUACCGGUACAGGCAAGACCCAAAAUCUGGCCAAGGAGGCGGCGGCAGAGAAGGCUAAGACCAUCCUGGAGGCUCAGGACCAGGCGGCUCAAAACUCCGAGUCCGCGACCUGA